AUGCCGCCACACGAUUCUACCGCGAGGGUGUUGUUUUUGCCCGAAUUUAUCCAUUUAAUAUUCUCAUUCUGCCUCGAUACCGGCGAUUGUUGGAGAUUAUCAGGCAAGUCGCUGUACAUGCUCGCCGGAGCGGCCCAAGUAAAUCGAUUGUGGUUCGAGUGUGCAACGGAAAAGAUAUGGUCACACCUAGAAGCUCCUUAUCAUCUUCUCCUAGUGCCACAUCACCGACGACAUAUGUACGCCUCCAAGAUUGUUACCCUCCAUCUCGAUUCGACCAAUGUAGCGAAAUUUUAUCGAGAAUUCCGAAGCCUCGAAUUCAGCCGAUUGCGCAAACUAGAAGUUGCAACCGAUGGUGGAAAACUUGGAUUGACAAAGCCAUUCUGUGUACCAUCGGUGCAGAAAUUUAUGUUUUCGGGUACUGCUAUCCGACCCUGGAUGAUUCAUUAUCUGCAAAACUGUUUGCAAUUAACAACGAUACACAUUGACUUGAUACGCGUUGACUGGGAUCACCAACCUCCAUUCACCUCUGGAGUACUCCUUGAUAUUGUGAAGAAUCUUCGGUUUCUGCAAAAGUUGAGGUUCAAGUCUAACUCCAGAGGGUUUAUAAGUGGCGAUCUUCUUGUGCAUUUGGCUGGAAGAUUUACGCCUUUUCCGAGACUCACAACCCUAGGUUUGGUUGCUCCAUCAGCAUCUAUUGGAAGGCUUGUGCCUUGGCUCAGAAAUCUCACUUCCCUUGACCUGAAGCUCGAAGAUUCGGACCCUGAUGUGCUAUUGCGCAUCGCUCAUUUAACCACCUUGACCAAAUUGUCAUUGAUAUACUACAACAGGACACAUAUUUCGGCGGAAUCAAUAAUGGCACUGCGACAUCUUUCGCAGCUCCAAAAACUAAUCAUACGUCCCCAUAGCACUUUCAUCGCUCCUGUUACUAUCACGUCUGAUCUCUCAGACGAUGACUGUGAGAGGGUAACCUCCCAUUGGCCGAAUCUUAAUUUCAUCUCACUCGUGGUGGAUUGGGCCAAUCUGUCUACCAAAGGGUUAAUAUCUCUUGCCCGUUCUUGUCGGUGCUUGACCACGUGUCACACCAGUCAGAAGUUUAAUUUUGACGAAUUAUUCGCCGAUGGUUCUGAUGGCGAAGUCUUGUUUCCACAGGUCAAGGACAUGCGUUUAGCCUUCCUAGUGCCAGGCAGAACGGAGGUCCACUAUCUUACUCCAACAUCUGGCAUCGAUGACCUCUAUUACUACCUCACUAAGACAAGUCACUACCAGUUGGCACCUUUAGUAAUUUCCUAUGGAGGUGAUCUUCUGCAUUAUCUACUCCAUGUUCAACUCGGCGGUGUCUAG